UUUCGUUUAUGAAGAUGAUCUUCGUCCAUAUGAGCACGGUUUAUCGGCUGUCUCUGAAUCUCGUUGGGUCAGGCUGCCUCAGUGUUAUUACGACGUUUGUGAUAAGAGCAAGUCUACGGUUGAGGAAUGAUUACGGUUUGGAUUACAAUUGUAGUCGGAGUUUUGGUUACUUUUGAAUUGGUGAUUAGUACUGGGAACGACGAUUUCGUAGAUGCGUGCUUUGGAAAGGAGGGUGAUAAGCCGCCGCAUUGUGAAUACAUCGACUUCGAUGAUGUGUUCGAAAGCUCCGACAUCAAGUUUAACUGGAGUUUCAUAACGAAACUGACAAUUAGCAAUAAAAGAAUCGUUGGAAUACCAACGAGAAUGUUCGAGUCGUUGCCCAAUUUGGAGAGCUUCAUUGUGGUGAACAGUUUGUUCUACCGGGAGAUUGACCCGAACAGCUUUAUCGAUUGUCACAAGUUGGAACACAUAGAAAUAACCGGCACAAACAUUUCUUUUCUGGAUAGCCAUUUGUUUCCUAAGACGCCAAAUUUGAAGCAGCUACUCUGCCACCACAACAAAAUCACCGAAAUAAAGCACGACGCAUUUGAGUUUCUGAUUGGUCUAGAGGAACUCAAUCUGUCCUAUAACAAUUUAACCCGUUUGUCGAGUGGAGUUUUUCAUACGUUAAAGAAUCUGAAAACAUUGGAUCUGAACCACAACCGUUUGCUGCUGCUCAGUUUCGAUAGCUGGUUCCCACCGGAUGGGGUUCAUUCUCUCGCUUACCUGGAUGUAUCCUACAACCAGCUUAUUGAGUUGGCUUGGAGCGAAAUCACCACGAAGAAAGUGAACCUGAAAUACAACAAUCUAACAAGCAUCCAGAUCGCCGGCAAUUGUUCCGAGCUGCAUGUUUCGUACAAUGCGCUACAAUCGGUUACAGUUGGCAGUAAUUGCUCAAUUGAAAAAUUAUAUCUUGCCCACAACUACAUCCGCAACUUUGGAGAUCUUCGGAAAUGCUCAGAGUCUCUGCGCACGUUGGACAUCUCGUUCAAUGUAUUGCAGCGUCGUUUUGACUUCCUGGGUAUGAAACAGCUGACGGCAUUGAAUGUGGAAUGCACCAACAUCACCAUUGAGUACACGACCCUGCAUGACCUGCGAAAGCUUCGUUUUCUCGACAUCUCAUACAACAACAUUAAAAAGAUAGACUUCGAGAACCUUACUUCGCAGCGAUUACUCGAACGUUUGAUGAUUAGUGGCAAUCCGAUUGCGAACAUGUCGAUCGAAUCGAUUAAGCGAAAUUUCCCAAACUUAAAAUCACUAGGAAUAUAUGACCUGCCCUGGAACGAGUCAUCACUUUCGGUGGCAAUCGAGGACUUGAAGAAGCAUGAUAUCAAACCGUACAUCAAAAAUGAUUAUCUUUUCGAGGAGUCUCUCUGUCCGCUAAAGGUAGUGCGUAAUUUCAGCGGAACCGGUGACGAAAACGACGAAUCGACCGAUGCUGUUUCCGGUUCCAGUGCAGACAAAACCGUGGAAUACGUUGUGAUUGUGCUACUAGUUUUGGUUGUCAGCGGACUGUUAUCUAAAGUUUUCAUCGACAGUCACUAUUAUCGGGAGCUGUUUAAGGAACGAGGCCGCCGAUCCUCGAUUUCGCAUGAAAGUUUAGUGAGUUGUGAUCUGAACGGUUGAUGAAAAUAUAUUGUAUGCAGAGGCUAA